AUGAACAGGGAGGUGGAUCACACUGGAUUGAACAGGGAGGUGGAUCACUUUGGAAUGCUGACAGAAGCAGUGUCCUGCUUCACGAGCACUGGUUCUUUUAAAGACAACCUGUCUUCUGAAGACUGCCAUCACACGCUUGCCAUUGAUGCUGGCCAAGCAAAGAAUAAGACUCUAAAAAUAAAAAGAGGAUGUAUCAGCGUUGGAAGAAGGGUCAGGUGUCUAAGGAAGUAUUCAAGAAGGCUGCUAGAGCAUGCAGAAAAAAAAAAUAGGGAGGCCAAAGCUCAGUUUGAACUUAGAAUGGCAACUUCUGUAAAGGAUAAUAAAAAAUGUUUUUACAAAUACAUUAAUGGUAGAAGGAAAGGUAAGACCAGCCUUUGUUCUUUAUUGGACAAAGGAGGGAACUUAGUGUCUGAAGAUGAGGAAAAGGCAGAAGUGCUUAAUACCUAUUUUGCCUCAGUUUUUAGUGGGAAGAUGACUUGCCCUGAAGGCACCUGCCCGCCUGGGCUGGUUGAUGGUGACAGGGAGCAGAAUGGUCCCCCCAUUAUCCAAGAGGAGGCAGUCAUGGAACUACUGAAAUGCUUGGAUAUUCAUAAAUCUAUGGGACCAGACGGGAUCCACCCCAGGGUAAUGAGAGAGCAGGCAAACGAGCUUGCAAAGCCACUCUCCAUGAUUUACCAACAGUCCUGGCUCACUGGUGAGGUUCCGGAUGACUGGAAGCUGGCCAAUGUCAUACCCAUUCACAAAAAAGGUACAAAGGAAGAUCCUGGUAAUUAUAGACCGGUCAGCCUAACCUCAGAACCUGGCAAAAUAAUGGAAGAGUUUAUAUUAAGCGCCAUCACGCAAAAUUUACAAGAUGGCCAGGGUAUCAGACCCAGUCAGCAUGGAUUUAGGAGGGGUAGGUCAUGUUUGACCAACCUUGUCACCUUUUAUGACCAGGUAACCCGCCUAGUGGAUGCAGGGAAGGCUGUAGAUGUUGUUUACUUGGAUUUCAGCAAGGACUUUGACACUGUCUCCCACAGCAUACUCCUAGACAAGCUGGCAGCCCGUGGCUUGGACAGGAGCACUCUUUGCUGGGUUCAGAACUGGCUGCAUGGCCAGGCCCAGAGAGUGGUGGUGAAUGGUGCUGCAUCCAGCUGGCGAUCAGUCACCAGUGGUGUCCGUCAGGGAUCUGUGCUAGGGCCAGUUCUGUUUAAUAUUUUUAUUGAUGACAUGGAUGAGGGUUUAGAGUCCUUAAUUAGCAAAUUUGCAGAUGACACUAAGCUGGGAACGUGUGUUGAUCUGUUAGAGGGAUGGAGGACUUUGCAGAGGGACUUGGAACAGUUGGAUUGAUGGGCAGAAUCUAAUGGGAUGAAGUUCAAUAAGUGCAAGUGCCGAGUCCUGCACUUUGGCCACAGUAACCCCCUGCAACGAUAUAAGCUAGGAACGGUGUGGCUGGACAGAGCUCAGGUGGAAAGAGCCCUGAGGGUGCUGGUUGACAGUCGGCUGAACAUGAGCCAGCAGUGUGCCCAGGUGGCCAAGAAGGCCAAUGGCAUCCUGGCCAGUAUCAGGAACGGUGUGGCCAGCAGGAGCAGGGAGGUCAUUCUUCCCCUGUACUCAGCACUGGUGAGGCCUCAC